UUUGGUCGCGCACCACGGAAGCCGGAAGAGGCGCGGGGAGGGAUGGAGGAGCCGGAGAUGCAGCUGAAGGUGAAGAAAGUUACAGACAAAUUCACAGAGAGCAUGUACGUCCUGGCCAACGAGCCCUCCGUGGCACUGUAUCGGCUCCAGGAGCACGUGCGGAGAUCCCUUCCGGAGCUUGCGCAGCACAAGUCCGACAUGCAGAACUGGGAGGAGCAAAGCCAAGGCGCCAUCUACACUGUGGAGUACGCCUGCAGUGCCAUAAAGAACAUGACUGACAGCAGUGUCUACUUCAAGAGCAUCGACAGUCUGCUCAAACACGCCAUAGCCCUGAAGGAUCAGCUGAACACUGCCCAGGGCCGCAGCACUGUUGCCCCACAAGCCAAGAAUCCUCCAGCUAGUUCGUGAUUUCAAAGACUGGCUGCCCUCCGCCCCCUUCUCCAGCCCAGCUUUAUGUUCUCCAACCACGGGGAGGAGUAAGAAACCGUUGGCUUAACUUGUGAAGCUGCACAGAGCCCUCUGUCUGCCGCUCCGUUCCUGGUGAGGUGCUGCACCUGAGAAGGCAAACGCUGCCACUGGGGCCAGGACUACCUUUGCGGGGUGCUUUGGGGAGCAGUCGUGUCCCUUUCCAGAGCACUUCACUAAAGGGAAAUGGGGAGGAUUUAUCCUUUCUAGUUCUUUUUGAUGGCAGACUGCUAUGAGGUGUUCUUCUCUCUACCUCUUGGCCACAGAAAUCUGUCCGAAAAACUAGGUCUUGCUUUCAGUGUUUUGUAGUCAGCUGCGUAUAAAGACAUAAUGUGGGCAUACUUCAGCUUUGUUCAGGAGGCAUUCUGCAAGGAGAGCUAUUCACGCGUGUGCCAGGGGAGUUGCUGAAUUUGGUUUUAGUGAGAACAAUAAUAAAAAGGAAAAACAAGAAAGUUCUAAGACCUUCCCCUGUUGCUCACUCGGGCUGGGGGGUCUUGGAGCCUGCUGGCUCUGCGUGUUUCGAAGGGCAUGGGGCAAAACAAAGACAUGCA